AUGUGGAUGUCGGGUAAACCGAAUAACUUAGAAGGGUACCAGUUUUGUGUAGCACGCUUAAUUGACGGCUGGGAUGAUCAGUUUUGCAAUGUACUACGUAGAUUUGUCUGCGAGAUAUCAAAGGGGUGCCCCCCAGGAAAAUGGAAUGUGCCUAUCUGUGAUCGUCUGUGUGAUAACUGUUAUAACGGAGGAGUGUGUAACCCACAUACAGGAGCAUGCAUCUGUACUCAUGGGUUUACUGGUAAAAACUGCCUUACAGCAUGUGGCGACCAAAGGUUUGGGUCUGAGUGUGAACUUGUAUGCGGUUCUGCGAUAGCUGAUGAUUCUUCUUGCAGCGAUAACAAGUUUUGCCUUCCAGGUCCAAAUGAUUGCAGCUGCAUAGCUGGCUACACAGGAGCAUUCUGUAAUGAAGCAUGCCGCGAUGGACAGUUUGGCUCUGACUGUCUCCAGGAUUGUCACUGUAAAGAUGGAAUGCCGUGUGAUGUGUUUACUGGAAGAUGUGAAGAGGGCUGUGAGUCGGGGUGGUCAGGAGAAGGCUGUCAAGUGCCAUCCGUUUGCCCACUGGGUUAUUUUGGUGUCAACUGCACUGACCAUUGCAACUGUCCAGAUAAUGUUGGUUGUGACAAGGUCUCUGGGUUCUGCAUCACAACAGAAGGUCAAUGUGAAGUAGGAUUCACAUCAGACUCGGUGGACAUGCCCAAUAGCUGCAACUCAUAUACUGGAUGUUACAACCUGUGUUCCGGUACAUGUCACUGUCGAGAUGGUGAAGAUGAUUGCGACUCGGUGACUGGUUCUUGUAGCUCAGGUAGAUGCCAUCCACGAUGGACAGGGGAAAGCUGCCAAAUAGAUCGCUUUCAACUUGCACGUGAGAAGACGAACCCGGGUAUUGCUAUAUUUUCCUGUGCAAUCAUGUUAGAUUCACCAACAAACGUUGAAUCUGACUUUGUGAAAGCUACAACAGGGGACUUUUCAAUGGACAACUGGAAAAUGACCAAAGAUCCUCCACAAAACAUUUUUUCAACACUAAUCGAUUUUAUGUUCAACAUCCAAGAUUUUCCGGUUGACAGCCCUAUUUACUGUUUCAUCGGGGACCCUUUCAAUAAAUCGUCCGAGUUUGGCUAUGUCAAGUUGGCGUCUGCUGCUUUUUAUGAUUUGCCAACCUUACGUUCACCACCUACGUUAGUUGCAUCCAGUUAUUACUGGGUCAUCAUCUCAUGGAGAUCCUGGAACUGUUCCAUCGAUACAGGUGAUGGUCCCAUUACUGGCUACGUAGUUUACGUUCAUACUGAAGAUGGGAACGAGACACACACCGCUACAUUACUACCAGAUGGAUCUUUGGAUACUGGGUCUUCAAGAGAUAGGAGGGAAGUGACUAGUGAAGGAUUAGACUUGUUGGAGUACAACAUCACUGGUCUCGAAGACGGGACAAACUACGAGAUUCAAAUUGCGGUGAUUCGGGAAGGUCCGAAAGGAGAAGGAGAUCGAGGACAUACUUUCAGUGUAAAGACCCAGGAGCUAUCAUCCUCUCCACCUUCAGGUUCCAUAGCAACUGUCGCAGGAAGCGCUGUUGGUGCUGUUGUUGUGAUUGUUAUCGUUAUAAUUCUCAUCAUCAUCUUUUACAAGCGAAGAAGCGAUGAAUCAGCCACUGCUAAGUCUAAAGGGAAGGAGUCCGAUUCGUCUCCGCAGUAUGAGAACCCUGUAUUUGAUCCGUCAAAGACAGACGUUCAUACCUAUCAAGACCUGAAUACCGACCCUCAUACCUACCAAGAUAUCAGUACCGAUGGUAAUACCCAUCAGGAUCUGAAGGAACCUGAUCAAGAAGCUAACUACGAAGCAUUGAAUGACGCCAUAACGAGAGAUUAUGUCAACGUACCAGGCGUUUAAACAGUACUAUAAUGAAACAUUAAACAAGGUCUUAAUGUGCUGAUUAGAAAUGGAAUAAAUGAGGAUAAGAAAGAUUCAAGUUCAUCACAAUGAUUUUUAGUUAUCAAGAAAAAAAAAUCAAUUUUAAUUUGUUGCAUAUAUAUGUCAAAGUAUCAAUCAUUCUGUGAAGAUGCCUUUAAAACUCAUCGUGAAAUAUUAACGUUUAUCUUAAUAACUGAAAGAAAAGCUAUGCUGAUGAACUUGGGCGUUUCCUUUCAUGUACCCAAUCAGAAUACCAUGACGAAAAGUUGUCAAAAUCUAUCAUGGCUUUUUUUCUUCUUUGUCUUGUGCUCCUCUGUUUAUGUUAUCAUUUACCAUGUCUAUUCGCAUUAUUCCAAAAUCUUUUGAUAUUGGGGAUCAGUUGAAAUGUUUCUUUUUGAAAUACCAUGAUUAACACAUGUCUGACGAAUUUGGGUAAAAUAGUUGUAGACAUUAUUUUACACCACUACAUGAAAGUCAGGGUAUGGGAUUAGUUUCUUUAAAUGGAUAUAUAUAGUUAUCUUCUUUCAUUGAAGUUUGUUUCCUACUGUCGUUUUCUGAAUAAUGUAAAUGAUGUAUACAAAAAAAAACAUGAAUCUUACAUCAUGGAGCACCAAAAUAUAUUUCUAUUUUUAAAUUGUAUUUUACGAUUUUAUUUUGAAUGAUUCAAUGCAGGUGCAAAUUAUAUGGGAAAAUGUAUUGAGUCAUGUAUAUACACGUAUUCCAAAAAGUACGAAUGCAUAUUCCAUUAUGUAAAUCGUGUUUUGAGAUAUCAGUAGGACAAUAUAAUAUUCGACUGUACUUUUUAUCGGUAUUGAUUACUAGUGUUAUUGCCUGUUAUUGCUGGUGGAAAACAUAAUUAACACAUUCUUGUACAAGAUUUA